CAAUUUGAAGUCUUGAAAUUGGGCUCUGUCUCCUUAAGAAGCUCCUACUCUUUCCGACACUCCUCUUUCAGAGUAUCAUCACAAAGGUGUCUCUCAGUUAUGGCGUUUUCAGAUGUUUUUAAGAGUGUUGGACUGAGAAGUAGUUCAUAUGACGAGCACACCAGAAUUUGCAUUUCCACCAGGUGUUUGCUGAUUGGUGCUACUGCUAGUCUGGAGGAGUUAGAUACUGCAGCUGUAAGAAAAGCUUUGUGAGAGCAAGCAUUUAGGCACCCCCAAAUUGUUCCCGCAGGAGAUUAAAACAUUUCUCAAACAUGUAUGAAAGACUCAAAGCAACAAUUCAGGUCUGUUUUUGAGGGGAUGAAUAAUAUUAUACCAAGGUCAAAAAACUCAAUUUUACAUAAUUGCUCCUCUUUAAAAACUGAACUGUGAGACAGUUGCAUCAUUUCAUUGGUUAUGUUAUUAGUUCAUAUAUUUUUACUGUUAACUUUUAGAAGUUUAUUAGUUUCGUCAUUUUAUUGUUUUCUUAGUAGUUUAAUUUGCACAUUGAUAGCUUAGCGAGUUUGUUUAAAUAUUUAACUGUAGAGUUGAAUUGUUUUUGUUAAGAAACUCUUGUAUAUUUGAGAGUAGUGUCUGUGUUUAUGCUGCAUCUGGAUGUUCGAGGAACGCCAUGGAGUACUGGAUUUAAUUUUCUUGUGCCUUGAACUUGUCAUUUCGAUCUAAGUGUCUUGUUUUACUAAUAACAAUUAUUUCUUAAUUAUUCAUGACAAAAACAAGUCUCCUCUUGUGGCACAACGUAGAAGAAUAAACUAUUAAACAUAAAGAAAUGAACUAACAUGACAACAUAUACAAAAACCAAGAAGUAAGCACCAAAGGAAUGUGGCAGUUUCACCUGUAAGCCAUGUUCAGUGAAAUCUAAUACUGUCUUCUACAGGUUUUUCUUGACAGAGACAUGUUUCAGAGACACGAUGUCUCUGAAACAUGCAGUACAAUGCAGAGAAAGUUGUUUCACUAGUCUCCAGCAGUACAUCGAGUCUCUUUUUCAUUGAAUAUAUCAUUGAAAAGGAAUUUUAAAAAAAUGUUGGAUUCUUAGUAAGCAUGCAAAUUAGUUUAAAAAAACAUUAAACAUGUCUGGAUCUGCAAAUCAAGAUCAGAUUCUCUCUUUUUGAUACUAAAUUUUCUCAUAUACAACAUAAGAACCACUUUUUCAUGAUGAAACUCAAACAAAUUUUAACUUCCUGAAACCAAACUCAAAAUAAUUAAUAUAGGACUGAAAACUAUUGCACCUGGUAAAGUUUUCCAGUGCCAAACAGAUGCAUUGUCUGUUUUGGUGCCACAAUCUGUUGUAACUUUACAAGUGUAUUUCAGGACAAAGUACUUAUGAACACACAAGGUGAGAAAGGUGUGAAAGUUUAACUACAGAUUUCCUCUCUUCCUACUGUUAUCUUUUGCAUCAGUUUUUGUUGUGGAACAUUUACUUGUAGGAUAUUGCACAAUGUCUUGGAAUCCUUAACAGAGUUCAUAGACAUAUUAUAAUGGGAAAUAGUCAAUUAGUCCAACAAAAACAAGAAGAGGAUAACCUGUUUGUGUCCUGUUACCCACAUACACUUUAUCUGAUUUUGGAACAGCAAAAUUAAACUUGAUUUGCAAAGCAGCCAUCAAUGGGUUUCAAAGCCAACCCAGCAAAUCCACCCCUCACCCUGCCUCCCAGCACACUCUCCUCUCCGCGUCUGCUCAGUCAAGCACUGCACUGACUCUUUGCACGUCAACCAAUUUGGGAAACUCCAGGAGAGUGUUACAUUUCAGAAUUUGUUAUGGUUUAGAGUUAUGGGCAAUUGAAAACAAUGUUUUUUUGCUUUAUUCCUUCGAUGACGUACAGAUUUCCAGGCCGAUCAGAGUUGAACAUGGGAGAGUAACACUUCUGGAAAAUGACUUAAGAAAGCUUAUCUGUUGCAGAAUCUUUCGAAGUUUUUUUUUUUUUUUGCCUAUGUUGUUUUGUCACUGACUUGAAAAUAUUGUUACCUCAGAUGACAUCAGGUAAGUGUGCUAACCUGACGUUAUGUAAGACCGGAGAGACAAAAGGGAAGGUACGUUUAAAUAAACCAGUUGACAUGAAAGCCAGUGAUGAAUGAGUGAAAGAGAUGUGGUUAAACGCUGGGAGUUUGGAUGCUGGACGAUGGUGGGAGGAAAAUGAAAUUAAGCAUGGCACACAGAAAUGAGGAGGACUUAAUAUAAACAGGGAAACUGGGAAAUCAAACCUAAGCAAGACAGAAACAAACUAAGCACAACAAAUAAAUAAUAAACAUGAUAUAACUAAAAUAACUAAGAGUGGACUGAACCAAAGUAAAACAGAAAGAAGGCUAAUGUUGCAAAAAUAAGAGGAGAUAAUAAAUGAAUCGAACUACAAGUCCAGAAAAACUCUAAACAUCCUCAUAAAAGGCAUGUCAGACUGACAGUAAAAUUGUUCACUGAUGACAGUAAUUGAAUUUAAUGACACGUUAGGUUUUACAGAGCACAUACAAUUGAUAGUUAGUCGUGAUAAAACCGCAAACUCCAGUGAUUUACAUCUAUUGGUAAGUUUCCCCAGUUUUUUGCAGUCAUGUGCUGCUUCUAACUGGGUUUCUUCCAAAACUGCCCUUUAGUUUGCUCUAUACAUCCUCACAGCAUGAUGCUGCCACCACUCUGUUUCUCUAUGGAGUUGACGUAGAGAAUCCUUACUAAUUCUGCGACUUUUGGAGGCAAUUGUUCUACUGGAGCUUAUUUACCAAGGAACUGAACACAAAUGCAUUACAAAUAUUUGGAAAUUCAUUCAGUAUAAAACAAAUUUCCCUCCCACUUCAUAUUUUAGCAUCUUUCCACAUGUAAAUUGUGCAGGAGUCUCACACAAAAUAACAAAUCCAAUUGAAUAAGUGGAAUACUGUGGUUUAAACGUGACAAAAUGUGAAAACAUCUGCAAGGCUUUCUGGAUACACAUGUGUGCACUUGGGUUCUAUGCAACACACUUACGUGUAGAUGUGCGUCUCUUCAGAAUGAGCCGUGACCAUGGCAACACCAAGCCAUGAGUACCUUUUCAAAAGCCUGGCCUCUCCUUCUCCCUCUUUUAUCUUUCAGCCCAUCCUGCCGAUUUCGCUCCACACCAGCCAGCUGGGAGACUGGGAACAAAGCAAAACAGGAAGACGUCAGUUCCAGAACAUUAUCCUUAUAGAUUUUUAGAUGGUGUUAUGGAUUCAUCAUGUUUUAUUUUCCAAAUACUUGAAAAACUUGAGAAUCUGCCACAUUUUUGAAUUUUUAACCUCUUGAAGUGCAUCAGAUGUAUCAGAAAAAUGAUGAAGAAAGUGAAAAGACAGUAUAGAGCUUAAAGGAAACCCAUAGAGAUGCUGGGACAGGAAGUAAACAUGCCAUGGAUUGCUUGGAGGAUUUCUCACAGUGUCCAGCUUGUAACAAAGAAUAUGACGUUGCUUUGAUCUUACCUUGUUCUCAUACGAUCUGUGCUCGCUGUGUGGCAGCUGAAGAGGAAACCGGGUCACAUCCUUUGUGUCGGUCAGUCUGCUCGGUGCCGUGCCCCUGCUGCAGACAACCCGUAGAGCUGCCAUGUUGGACCUGGUCAUCUGCCGCCUCCUGUCUCCCUCAGCAUCCCACUCUGAGGUCUGAAUAUGCAAACUGGGAUACAGGCUUCAAAGACGGAUCAGCAAGGUCUCACCACGAACAGGAGGACAGUGACUGCAAAUCGACACUAAGCAGCAAAAGAUGCUCCAAUGUGCGCAGUUCCUUUGUAUUGCCAGUGGAUGGUGCUGUCGACCUGCUGGAAGAGGAGAUGGAGCGGAGUGUCUAUGGGCUGCGCUUCUCCCUGGACCCUUCGUCUGUCCCACCGCCCCUCCGUCUGUCCAACACCCUCCUCACAGUGACCUACGGUGACAGCGGUCCUUCUGACCCGCAUCCUCCGAUCAGAAAACCUGCGUUGACCCCUGACUCCACGUUGCUUCUUCCUCAUGUGAGCACUGAUGUCACCAUUGCUCGGGGGCAGUACUACUGGGAGGUGGAUGUCUGUAACAGCUCCGUCUACAGGGUUGGUGUGAUCUCAUCAGAUGGCUGUAGCGGCUGGUGGUUGGAGAGAAAUGUCUCGGCUUUUCAUGCAGUGUACGAUGGAAGCUGCGAGCCUAUCGGCACUGUCCCACCCAGGAUCAAAACCCUCGGGAUAUUCCUCAGUUUUGAAGGCGGGAUUCUGAGUUUCCACAACCCGCUGACCCAGGAGCAUCUUGUCACGCUGCCGACCCGCUUCAGCCCUUCCGGGGUGCUCCCGGCUCUGGGUCUAGGACAGGGCAAGCUGAGGCUACACUGCGGCCUCCCGACACCUCCUUAUGUGUUUCUGGGUAAGGACUCGACUUUUAGGGGUCCUUGUGGUCCAAAUCGUGUUUGGUGGCACAGAGCGGUUCCAUUCCAGUCAGUGAAAACAGUGAUCCAGAAGUUUGAGAAGCUGGCAUCAUCAGACUAAAAGUUUCUUUAUUCUUGGAUCAUCCUGUGGAGUCUGUUGAGACUAAAAGCUUCUAAAAGCUUCUGCUCACAGGGAACACCCACAGCUUCUCUGGCUGGUUUGAUGUUUAACUGCCAUUUGAAAGGCUAAUUUUCCAUCUUGGCGUGCUAUGGCUACCCUUUUUCAUUCUCUACUUGAACCCGGAGCUGCAAUUGACUCUCUCCCUGGGAUGCAGCCCUUUCUCCCAGCCCAACCACCCCCACUGAUUUGGGUUUGGGCCAGAAAGAGUCCUGGGUUAUAUGAAGUGUGAGGAAAGGGUGGGAUUUUACCAGCAGGACUCCUUGAUUUGUCUCUGUGUGCCGGCUGUUGGACAGUAGGUGUCCCACACUACGGAAACACACGUUGUGCAUAGCGCCGCUUUAAAGGUUUGCCCAGCCACUCGUGCAUUUUGGUGUGUGUUUGCGCAGGAGGAAACAAUGCGUGAGCGGCAGGGGGUGAGGUGACGAGGCGUGAGUACAGUGACACCAGUGGUGUUGACAUGGAGCGGCAAUGACAGGUGGUAACAUACAUUUAUCCCACCGCCUGUCUUCGAGGGGAGCAGUAGGGCCGUCCUUUCUGACCUUCUCGAAAACCACAGGACACCCAACGACUUCAAAAGAGCCAAGAGAAAGCAAGAGAACAGAGAGGGAGAAAGAGUAACAGCAUGCAUGUCAGCAGGUGAUGAAUUGAUAUAAAAGAAUAAGCCGAGAGAGGCUUUCCAAACGGCCUCCAUGCCAAAUAGGUAGAAAAGGUGUCGCAGCAGAAACUGUCCUUCAAGGAUGCAAUGUUUAAAAUGCAGUGAAGCUAAUUGUGACAUGUUUACUGUUUGUUUACUGAUGGUUAUGUGUGCUCAUUUUAUCAGGAAGAAGAUUCAACACAAAAGGUCACAGUAGAAAAGCUGUGUAACUGUGUUCGAUUUCUUAGCGUCAUAAGUUUGUAUUAAAAGAUUAGUGGAAACUGAUACUUGAUCUUAUCUGUUUGGAGCCAUAAAACAGUUUUUUUUGUGUGUGUGUCUGUAUUCAGUGGUAAAAGCUUUUGGCUCAAAAAUGGUGAAUGUUUGGGAGUGUGUGUAAUGCAGGACUGUGGUAAAGUGUUGAGAAAAAUGUUGUUAUAGAUAUCGUAAGGAUUAGCAGCUGGAGCUAAACAGAGCGUGUAAUUUAGAUGUUGAAUAAGGAAAAUAUAAAGCAGUAAUCCUGAAGGUUUUCCUCCUGUGAUGUGAUGUAUGUGAGUGUGUGUGCUUUUUUUUUUUCAUUUGUUUGUGCCAAACUCAAACCUUUUUCUAAAAGGCAUGAUAAUAAAUAAAAAGAUGUGUAACAUAAAAAAAUAAGAGUUUGCAAAGAUAUUCACCCCCUUCAAAGUGACAGACGUAGUUCAACGAGGCUCACCUUAGUAGGGCUUGUUGUCUCUCUGUGAGCAGAAUGGAGAUCACCUGAGUGCAAUGACUGUGUGUCUGGAAGGUCCUGGGUUAGUCAGAGCUUAUGUUUCUCGAAAUGCACUUGGAGCUUUUCGUUUCACCGUCUACAUUCUGUUCCUGUGCUGUUGUUUUAUAUUUUCUUUUUUUGGCGUUUAAAUUGUAGCUUUCUUGCACGGUGCUUUCAUUUUUCCCGAAGAAAACAUUCUGUUAAUAGCGUCUGUGAUUGUCUCAAUGUUAAUCCUUCUGGCACCAGAGACUACAAAUUAGAAAGAACAGAGCACGAACACAGCACCACUUGUUAGCAUUACAACAGCCAUUUGUCUGCACAAUAAGACCAAAACCAAUCAGUUCAACAUUAUGAGGUUUGGUGGAGGAUCAGAGUGUGGCCAAAAGAACAGAAUGAACUUUACAACUGAAUAGGAUCUUUUUUUUUUUUUUAAAUAGUGAAACAAGGCAUUGCCCAUCGAAAAUAAAACUAAAUAAAUGUUUUUUUCCAGAAAUCACUUCCAGACCCCAGAGAAACGUAGUAUUUCGCCUCCUGGAGAAAAAAUGCAGAUUGACUUGAAAAUAUUAUGUUUUACUGGAUGACAGCCUUUCUUUUAGAGAUUAGUAAAGCAUUUAAUGAAAAACCAAAACGUUAGAUCAGGCCUUUUCUUUUGGCAUAUAAUCAUUUUUUUUAUUUUCCAGACAUUCAGGUUAUAUUGUUCUUGAAUAUGUUGCUAGUUUGCAUGUCUUACAAGCUGCCACCUCAUCUCUUUGCUUUUUAUUUUAUGUGUGUAAUCACUGUUCAUGUUAUGGCAAAUUUACUAUGCAGAACUCAACCACUGCAUUUAUGACCUGAUUUCUUGGCCUUUGCUAUGCAUAAGGAACCAACAGCACUGGCAGGUUUCUAGGAGGUUUCAUAAGGACUCUCUAGAGUUUGUUUAACUUCAACCUCUAGAGAUAAAUUUAUGACCCAUGAGUUAGUUUCUCGUCACAGUAACCAGAUUUUUUUCUUAAUUUCGUAGAAGUGCAUUCUCUCAUUUUGCACCUUGAUCACGGACUGAAUAAAAAAGGUUGAGACGAUGAAAUCCGCUUUCCCGGUUUCUAAGCUGGUGCACAAAAAUAAAUAGAAUGCACAUUACUGUUUUGCCAAAUGAAGGGGGAAAAAAACGUACCACUUGUACUUUCAUCUUUGCGUUUUUUUCUGCCCUCGUCUGGAUCUCAACACACUCGUCUGGUGUGUUGGGAUCCGACUCUUUUGUUGUGACUCACAGUGACGAAUCAUCUUAUAAACUUUCCCCAUUUUUUUCCCCCCUCCGUCUUCAUGACUGCAAGCCCAAUCUGGUGCCGGCAACAAUUUGAACUUGGCACAACUUAUGUUCUCACUCGUUCUGUCUGUGACCGCUUGGCUUCUGAUUGGGUCAAGCCAAAUGAACAAUCCUCUCAAGGCUCACACUAAGCUUCCUGUUUUUCCGUGCCUUUUUGGGAACUCGAGUGUGUUUACCCAGAUCAUAUAAAGUGCAUUUUAAUGUUACCGAUAAUGACGACUUGAACAACGAGCUCUGACAUACGCAGACAACAUAUAUCAGGAGGAGCUCUGUAAUUAAGGGGAGCUUUUGCUAGUGUCUAUGGUGUUUGAGCUAAUUUUCCACUUGGGACCAUCAUUUUGUGGCUGCCUGAACUCGGUUAAGAUGGGAUAAAGAAGUGCUGAGUCAAAGAGAAGCUUGUUAGCCUGUUGCCUCUCUGGCCACUCACUGGAAAUGACUGUGUGUGUUGAUGUUUAACGGUUGAAGUAUUUACCGCACUAGUUUUUUUUUUUGUUUUUUUUAUAAGAAAUGCAUCCGCUCUGACUGCUUCUUGUAGCUCUCUCUGUCUGUCCUUGUUCUCUUUCUCUCUGUGUGUGGAUUUUUCAGCUUUCACAAAUAAAGUGUGUGGAAGCAAUUUGACUCUUGUAAACAGAAAUGAGACCAGAGUGAUGCAGAUUUCAAAGAGCCGACUGGAUGGGUGUUCGGGGCAAGGGGGUAGGGGGUAGGGGGGGUUGUCUGCCAGGAAGGAUGGAUAAUGCAUUGUGGCCUGUGUGCCUGAAUCUAGCAGCUUCCGCAGGAUGGAUUCUGGCUUUUCUGAACGUGAGCUUUAAAAGAAUCUACAUGUGGCUUAAGAGCUGACGGUUGAAAAUAAAUAAAUAGAACUCCAAGUGUUUUACAUAGUAGGAUAUUAAGAUGAUCUCAUCUUUACCAGAUUCUAAAAUUACUUAAAUAUGACGUCAGGUUUCCAAUAACUCAACAGAUUUCACACAGUCUUAUAUUUACAAAGCAAAGAUGAAGACAAUUGCGCAGUCUGUGUUUGAAAUAUUAAGCACAUCCCAUCCAAUCGUUUGUAAAGCAGACUUUGACUAAAAUAAACUUAAAGAUAUUUUAAGUCAUUUUCUGUAUGGCUUUAUCGGGAUCGCUGAGUCUGGAGUACUUUGGAAACAGAUGAGUUCAUCUUUGACUCAGAGGAAUGCCGGUUGUCCAAAUCACCACCACUCUGGUGGUGGGAACAUGGUGGGAAGAACUGUUCCCACCAUGUUGGGAAGAAUUGUUUGUUCUGCUGUUUUAUUUGUUGUAGCCGAUACAGAAACUAUAGCCAACCAACUCCAACUCUACUUUGGUCUCAUCGUUUUGACGGACGUCUUUUCUGUCUGUCUUCGUUAGGAUGCAAAUGUACAAACCUAAAAUGACCUGCUGUGUUUGUUUGAGAGAGUUGGAGAGUUUGAAUUUGUUACAGAAAUGUAUUAAAACAUGACAAGUUAAUAAGCAGGGUGAAAUAAUUACACUGUUCUUAUUUUGUGGCAGGGUGCUUGCUGGUAAAUAAGCGAUCCUAGUAGGAUGAAUGUUUUCUUUCUUUGUUUCCUGUUGAGGGCAGAUGUGCAGGCUAACAGGACUAGUAGAACAAAUGUGUAGAACAGCUGAUGAGCUCAUAUGAAGAAAGGUGAAUUUUCCAGGGGGUGUUUCUGAACUAGGGUGUGGCUUGGAGGUAAGAGAGAUGCUCUGCUUGAGGUUCUAGGCAAACUCCAAGUGAGUGGAUAAGGGACAGGAAAACAACAGGCCAGCCACUUCACAUCACUUGAGUUAUAAUACAAAAGGCCUGGAUUAUCUCAACCAAGAUGGAGAAUCUGACACAGCAUGCUGGUUCUCCUAUAUUCUGGCUUGAGAAAGAAAUAAUCUGCAGGAACGUGAGCAAUGGAACAGCUAGCAGAGGACAAAUCAGGAAGAGGUUUUCUCCUUGCCACUGUUUCAAACAAGACGUUCUUGCUCCUUCCUUUUUGCAAUCCUUCAUGGCAACAAAUAAUGCAAAUUGGAGUGUAGUAGAAAAAGAGAAGUGGCCGGCUUUGUUUUU